UCUCUUUUAAUAAACCUAUCUUUUCUUUCUUACAGCCCCGCUAUUGGGAUUCCAGUCUCAAAUAUUGACGCUCUUAACACAUUUACCGACAGUUACUCAGCAAUCCAAAGAGAAAAGAAUGUCUGUUCCCCGACCAAGUCGAUCCCCUCCUCCAGGCCCGAGCACACCCAAUCUAUCUUCCACUCACAAUUCUACGAGUAACAGCGCUAGAGGGAUUGAAGCUACCAAGGGGACCAGUUUAUGGAAUGAGAUUCUGGCUAGUACCGAUAGGCAGAAAGCGCUGGGGAGGAAGAAUGUCAUCUUACUCUCCGAACGCAAUCAUGGUCGAACCCACCUCCUCUCCCAAUUGACCUCCUCCAGGAAGAAGAAAUCAGCUAAACCAAAUUCCGUCUUUUACUGGAACGGACAACCUAAAUCUACCUCUCAGCCUGGAGACAGACGGGCUGGUCUGGCAUUGGGGUACGAAGUAAUUGAUGCAGGAGAAGAGUACUCAGACUCCGCACCCCCGAUUUCGGUGUUUUACCCGCCGUCUUCACAUCCUAGUCUGCUUAAGCUGGUGCCUAGUGCCUUACCGCCAAAAUCACUGGCUGAUACGGCGGUGAUGAUAGUGCUCGACUGGACAAAGCCUUCAUCUAUGCUACAAGAACUUCUAAAUUGGCUGUCGUGGGUUGAGGCGUGGGCAUUGGGAUCGGCUGAAAAAGGAGAGAUUGAAGAACUGCAUGAACGAUUACAAUCAUACCUGCAGCAUUACACUGAGCCUUCGGCGACAAACACGGGCGUAACAGCUUAUUCUGGUCUUGGUCCUCUUUUGCCCCUUGGAGCUGGCACUUUGACUCUCAACUCUUCCGGUAUACCGAUCAUUGUUGUCUGCACCAAGGCGGAUUUGAUGGACAAUGUAGCCGAAGAAAUUGGGAUCAAAGGUGGCCGAUGGGAAGAAAGGACUGAUUGGGUUCAGCAAGUUCUGCGAACUAUCUGUCUUUCCUACGGCGCGGCCCUUUUUUACACUGCUCCGACUCGGCCAACAACUUAUUCUCUUCUCAAGUCAUACCUACUUCACCGUCUCUACACCGUUCCUCCUUCUCUCAGCCCCGCUCCUACUUCUCUCACUGACCCUUCGCAUAUCGCUCCAUCUCCAGCUCAAGGAGUAAGCACAAGAUACCCUUUUGCGCACCGUGCCAACGUGUUGGAUCGAGAUGCGGUUAUGGUCCCUUCUGGAUGGGACAGUUGGGGUAAAAUUAACGUCUUAAGGGAAGGGUUCGAACCUGAGAGGAUUCAUAAAGCUUGGACCGUCAGUUUGCGGUACCACGAGCAAAAGGAAAUGGGAAGUUGCGGAGCAGACCACGGAGGAGACAAUGGAGAAGAAGGCUUGGACGGCAUAUGGAUGGGGAUGAUUCCUGAUACAUCUCGCGGCCCUCGACUUCCCGGUCCAUCAGCGCUUUCCAUCCAGUCUGAACCCGAACAGACCUUCCUUGCGCGCCACCUUGAAGUCCUCCUCAAAGACCCCAACCGGGAUCCCCGUCAAUCCUUCCGUUUGCCCUCUACCAGGAACGGACUAUCUACUCCCGGUCCCGGCAGCAACUCUUCUGCUGCUAGCACUACAGCUGGUCUGGCCACGCCCGGUGUGGUGGGACCAAUGAUUGGUGAUUCUCUGAGCUUGCCGGGCGUGGAAAAGGUCAUGAAGGAAAUGGAGGGUGGGAAAGAGAAAGAAGGAGAGGAGUUGAAAGAAAAGUUUGCGAGGCUGGGAAGAAGAGAGGGUAAGAGUUCGGGGUCAGGUUCCGGGGCCGCGGCUGGUGCAGAUGGAGCGAUAGGAGGGGAAAGAGUGAGAAAUACUUCUGGGGGAACCCCUGCGAUGCCGAAUGAGGCUUUACAUAAUUUCUUCCAAGGAUUGCUGGCCAAUCGAGGGAAGGCGGCAACGCCGGUCAAAACGCAGAGUUCGGGAGAGAACAAGUAGAGAUCAAGGAGGCCUCCAGCGGCUGAUAUGGAAACGCCUACCAGAAGGGAAAGGGGAAUAUUGUAGAUACGAUAUGGUGGGAAGGUCUGGCGAGCAUGAACGAUAAUUCUCCUUAUUCUAAGUAAAGGGUUUUUCGGUGUGAAUGUAUCAUCAAUAGCAAAGUAACGGACUGUGAUCGAAAGUAGUGUUG